UGUCGCCAUUCUCGACCCUUCUCAUACCCCACUACCAUUUACAUAAGCAUAGCCGUGUGGCCGUCCUCGGAUCCGCGAGAACGAUGAAGUAAAAGGCAAUGGCUAGCCAACAUAUAACAGAAACACAUACUAAACGAACUGGAGAAAACACACAUCACUUUUAGUUAUCAGUAGUCAGAGAACCGCCAAACUUUGAAGAGAAAGGACCGAAAACAUCUUAGAGGAUAUAUAUUGUGUGCUGAUCAACCGUUUUAUUUUAUUUUCUAUAUUUUUCGAAUAUUUAGUGUACAAUUUGGCUCGUUGCGUCGUGUAUUACAAAACUUUAUGGAAAAUAUGUGAUUUUUUACGGUUGCAAUUUUUGCUGGUUUGGAUGCAGCAUUUAUGAGUGUGUGGUGUUAUACGAUAUUAUAUCUAGAUAGAUAUAUACGACGGAUUUAUUCUUUUUUGACACUGAAUCAAUAGAAUUUUUGUAGAAACGUGGUUCACGUUUUUAUUGAACAAAAAAAAGUUUAGUUUUGGUGUGCAAAAAAAUACGAAAGAUAAUAAAAUUAUUCGGACGCUCAAAUAAUAAUAAUAAUAAUAAUUGCCAGUGGUCGACUGACGACAAAUUGACAUUUUAUUUUCAAAUAUAAAGUUAAGACCGUUGCGCGUAGUGGCUAAUUGAUAUAGUGAAUUACAUUCUUUUUUUGGUUGCAAACUAUACUCGGAACUACACAUCCACUAAAACCAUUAACCGACAACGAAAAAAAUCAGAUUCACGAUGAUGCCCUCAGCGAAAGGUAAGCGACCGUUGCGUCACUUAACUGCCUGCGACAAAAUAAAUGCAAUUCAACGAAUUCACGAUGGCGAAUCGAAAGCAUCUGUGGCAAGAGACAUUGGUGUGCCCGAGUCCACAUUACGUGGCUGGUGCAAGAACGAAGAAAAACUGAGAUACAUGUCGAACAAUGCCGGAUCGGACAAUAAAUUAACCGUUGAUAAAUUGGCGGAAAAAAUGUCCGACGAUUCAGCAUUGGCAGCAGCUGCGGCUGGCAUGUUUGGUGGACCACCCGAAAAACGGGCCAAAUUGGACAGUUCGCUCAAUUUUGUGUCGAAUGGCAAAACCAAAUACGAUGACAUGAACUUCAAAAGCAGAAAUUCGAUUGGUGCAAUUGACUUCAGUAGCGCCGAUAAAGGGCUGGGAGCGCUGCAUUACAACGGCCUAGGUUCAACCAACUAUGGGGGAUACAAAACAUCGCCAGAUUUGUCCACAAAUGGUCGAAUUAAAUGUGAAGAGAAUAUGCUACGCGGGUAUGGAGCUGAUGUUAAACCGAGUGAUCCUACAAAAUCCGACCUGUCAAUGGCCGCUAUCAGUCCGUUAACCAGUCUUAGUCAUUUAUCGGGCAUGUCCGGCAUCGGUCAGAGUCCCUUGGGUUUGAGCUUUAAUGAAAUAGCAUCAAAUCUCAGUCUGAUUGCUCAAUUAAAUAACCAAUCGAAUCUUGCCAACGUAGCCGGACUAAAUAAUUCGCAAAACAACGGAUUACGAACAGUAAGACCAAAGCAAAUGUCCCAAAGUUUAACCGUUAAAAAUGUUGCUAAAUUGCAGCACAAGAAUUCAGCAAUGGAUAACAUUGGCAUGGGAGUUGAUAUGAUCGAUAAGCCGAAGAAGCCAUCAGCAGCUUCAUUAAGUCGAGACGCGCCGGUCGGUGGAGCACUUUGGUAUUGGAUCAAACAUCAACAGAUGCUAGGCUUAAACAAUUUGUAUUCGGCCAUGCCGAGUUCGGCCAGCCCGAGUCGUUCAUCGCCCGUACAACAGCAACAGCAAACAACACCACAGCAACAACAAAAACCCCAAUCAAUGAUGCCAUCGACAACGACAUCGUCAACACCACCGCCCCUGUCACUGACGCCACAAACAAAUUCGUCAACACCAACAUCAGACGAUACAAAGAAUUCGUCGUGGUUCUGGCAGUGGUGCAAAUACAAUCAAUUUAACGGCGCCAUGAUGAACAACAAAACGAAUUGCAAUAAUAACCGGGACGGCAGCAAGCAAAUAUACGAUAACAUUUUGUUCUCGCACCUGACCAAAGACAUUAAAGAAUGCUCAAAUUCGCCAUCACCCAGCAAUAACAACAUCAGCAACAAUGCAAACACACCCGAAGACCUAUCAAAGCCGAACCGCAGCAGCCCAAUAACGCCCGGCAUGCCGUCCACCCAUUCAAUCAAAACCGAACUCGAAUUGGACUUAAACGAUAUGGCCGGCUCACCGACCACAUCGCCGCCGAUGCUGAACGACCAUUCGGAAGACAUAAACGACCGACAGACCGCAUUGGACAACAUUCUGUACAAUAAUAACAACAACAAUGUGGUCGUCAAGAAUGAAAGCGAUGCCGAAUUGAAUGGACUGCCGGAGGCGGUUCAAUAUGCGGAAAAGUUCCUGAAAUGGUUGGAAACGUAUUCGGAUCCAACGAUAACGGCACUGGACUUUUUACAAUUCCAAACGCUGCUGAAUAAAAUUAAGAAAAGUGCCGAACGAAUCAACAAUCCCAUUUUGGAGAGUUCGAAAAUCCGUCGGAGAAAAUAGGAAAUACCGAAAAUGUGUGUGGUAGACGAUAAUGAUGAUGAUGUUGAUGAUAGUGAUGAUAAUUUUGAUGAUUAUCGAUAAUCUCAACAUCAUUUUUUUUGGUAGCUAAAUAUUUUCUUUUUUAAACAUGAAGAGAACCCCUUUUACGACUUUUUUUGUAAAUAUUUUUUUUUCUGUUUAAAUUAUCUUAAUUCUUAGAUAAGGACACUAGCGUAUUGAAAAUUCUAGUAAAUUUUCGGAUAUACCAAAAAUUGAAGAAAAUUAAUUUGUAAAAAUGAAAAUACAUACAAAAAUGAUGAAGAAGAAAAAAAUGCAUCUCCAACCACACCAAAUGUGUAAAUAACGAUCUCAAUUUAAAUGUAAUUAAUUAAUUUAAUGGAAAAUCUCAAAAAUUUAAUGGUUAAAAUGUAGUGCAAAAGUGGAAUGAAUUGAAUAUGUAUUUCAUUCCAAUUCGAUACAAAGUUAUGCAUAAGAUGAAAGAGUAUUAAUGAAUUAAUUAGCAUAAAACGAAUUUAUUAUUAAAAAACAAAAAAUAAAGAAAAACAAAGAAAAUAAUUU